AUGGUAUUCAAACUUAUAACUAUCAUUGUUCCAUUUGCUGAUACCACAUUCUCUCUUCCGUCCAAAACACAGAAAACCCUUUCCAUGGAAAAACCACCCACCAAGCGUCGCACCACCACCACUCGACAAAAAACCACCAUGAAAACCACUGACUCUCGACCAACACCCACCACUCCCACCCGUCGCUCAGCUCGACAUGCAAACAUCUCUCACGAUCCAACUCCCUCUGAGCAAACUACAGAAGAAUCUCAAAACCCUAAUCUUCUUCCCUCAACCCAGAUCGUCUCUGCUCCUCAACCCACCAAACCAUCCUCCUCACACGUUUCCACUCAAUCGAGCGAAGGAACCUCUCUCGUCUCAUCGUCUUUCCAAGCCUAUGACCAUCCAUCUGAAAUCUCAACCAACGAAUUCAUAUCUGAUGAUGAUGUUCGUGCUCUCUAUAAUGAAAAAUGGCGCUCCCUUCCUAUCGUGGCCGGCAAAACCGUCAACUUGGAUAGUUACUCUAUCUGGGGAUACGACAUAAACGAGCUUGCAAUAGCCACAGGUUGGACCAACUUUCUCCAACUCUCUGAUGUCUUCUACCCUAGACUAGUUAGAAAUUUUUUUGCUGCUAUUAAACCCUCUGAAAGUGAUACACAGCUCAUCGCAUCUGUAAAGGGUCGUCAAAUAACCCUAACCCCAGAGCUCCUUUGUGAUAUUUUGCAUGUCCCAAACAAUGGACUUCAUCUCUUUAAUGAUGACUGGCCCUCAUCUUAUGACCUAGACAUUGAAUCCUACAGACUCUCCAUCACCAAACAUCAAACUCACCGUUUUGUGUCUGCCAACCUUGAACCCCUCAGCCAUAUCAUUCAUAACUUCUGCAUUCACACUAUCCUUCCAAGAAAAGGAAGUAUGGAACGAGUCACUGAUAAAGACCUACUUGUCAUCUACCAUUUCUCAAAGAAAACCCCUCUCAAUAUAGGAUAUUUGGUGCUCAACUAUCUCAAACACACUGGUCUGAGAGCAAGAAGCGCCCCCUAUGGUAUGCUUCUUACCAAAAUAUUCAAGCACUUCAAUGUUCCUCUGGAUGAUGAGGACUCCUUCGAGAUCAACAAAAUCCUGGAUGCCUCCAAGUUGAAGCGCAUGAAAAUUCCUUCCCUCAAGCGUGCACCAUCACCUAAACCUGAGGCCAAAUCCAAGCGCAGCCUGACCACAAAUUCCCCCAUUCCACUAUCUGUAGCUCUUCCAAACACUGCUGACCUAGAAUCUCCACAAAAAUAUUCACCAAUCUCUCUUGAUGCCUCUAAAUCCGUAUCUCCAAACCAAAAGGAAACAGAUAAACAAUCUCCUGAAACCACACAAUGCAUUGACCUCACAUCUACAUCACCAAUCCCAGUAGAAUCCUCACCACAAACAGUUGUCAUCACUCAAGCUCCAGUUUCUCUCCAAGCUGAAACUCUCUCAAAUAUUUCAAGUCCUCCAACCCUAGAGACUUCUAACACUGACAUGAUCAACAUUUUCGCUCUUGAAAACCUUCUCUCAAGUCCUCCUAGUGCUUCAGCUCAUCAACCACCCUCACCAAUAUCUCCUCACACUCCUGCUUCAGCUCAGCUGUCCUCACUCAUAUCCAUGCUUGAGGCUGAAUUAUUAACUCCACCCACUUCAAAUCAACAAACUUCAAUUAUUCCCCAUGUUGCCACAUACACUUCCCCUACUAUGACAACAAAUCCUCUCUCCACGACCUCACCUCUGAACUCUCCAAAUUCUUACAAAGAACCUUCUCCUAGAAGAAUUCAACUCUCCUCCAUCAAUCAUACAGACUCCAAUGAUCUCACUGCUCAGAUUGAAGCUUUUUUUAAUAACUCCGUUCAGCUAUCUGAACAAGAUGAUCCUAUAGAAUCACAUGCCAUGCCUUCUGUUCCACAACCUGAUCUGUAUGUCUUCCAAACAAACUCUCCAAUAUUUUCUUCUCCAAAGGAAGAAGAUGAUAACUCCUUCAAUGUUCAAACACUGCUUGCUCCGAGGUAUGACUCAUCACCUCCUAGAAACACCACCGAUAAUUCCAAUACCCUUCCUCAGAUUCCCAUCACUUCCAUCACAUCCUCAUUUUUUAACAACUUCCCCAGCAUUGGUAAUCGUCCUCCCGUUUAUCCUCGAUCUGCAACCUCAUCUGAAACGGUUAACCCCCAUCAGGGCGUCAACCUUCGAUCCUACACAGCUCUCCAAAAGCAGUUAAUGGCUUACCAAAAAUUUUGGAUUGAUUAUGUCACUGAACAAGUAUGCCCGAGGUUUCCAGGAAUGUCUCCUCCGGAUCCCUCUCAGAUUCAGUUUCCAUUUCUGCCAUUAUCUUCUGAGGCAACAUCUGAUGAUGAACAAUCUGGUUCUUAA